UAUCAGGUAGCAAGAAGAGAGGGAGAAUUCUUCCUGAACAAAGUUGUAUGGAGUUCGCAGAGUUUCUUGAGUAAAUUCAACAGAUUUUUGAUGCAUACGUUGAGGAGAGGAGUUUGUUAAUUAUUGUAUCUGAAAAUGAUAUAAAUAGAGGGCGAUUCUGAUUUCUGAAGAGGGAGGCAUCACUUUUAUUCUCACCGAAGAAUUUCGUCCGGUCGGCGCAAAUUCAGCGCCGAUUUCCGUAGAUGAUUACUAAUUCUGCAGGAGUUUUGGUGGCAACAAAUUGGGGGAUGGCGUAGAUGUGAAGCAGGCAAUUUGGAAUUUCCUCCUUUUCAUUCACUAAUUUGCUGUUUCUGAUCUAUUAUUGCAAUAAUAAUACCUCACCUAGUUUUCAACAUUAUUUUAUUUGUUAGUAGCUUUACAUCAGCACAUGAAGUGUAACUGUGGAGUUUAUCUUUACAAUGGAUUUCUAACUUUUGUAUGUCUAGGACCUCAACUUCCAUUGCAUUCUUGAAAAUGAGAACAAAGAGAAAUGCUUUGUCUUCGUUCUACACUAACAUGAGUUGGAGGAGAAUAAGGACAGCAAGCUCUACUCCCACUUCGGCCAAUAUUGCGGCGGAGGCAGGUACGGUUCCUUCUCGCCCACAAACGGUUUCUACAAAUCAUAAUAGCUUGGUUUCUUCGAAUCAAUCCAAAUUCAGAAACAGCUUUAAUGAUUUAGACGAUGCCCUCAAUUUAUUCCAUCAAAUGGCUCAUACCCGCCCCUUUCCUUCUGUUAGUCAGUUCAACAGACUGCUUUGUAGAAUUCGGAAAUUGAAGAAUUAUUCUGUAGUUGUUUCCCUCUUUCAAGAAAUGCGCAUCAAGGGCAUCCCAAUCAGUGUGUAUACCAUUAACAUUCUGAUGGAUGUGUGCUGCCGCUCAAGUCGAGUAGAUUGCGGGUUUUGUGUACUUGGUGUGGUCUUCAAGUGUGGAUUUGAGUUUCAUGUGGUCACAUUCACCACUCUGAUUAAGGGCCUCGUUCUGGUUAAUAAGAUUGCAGAGGCUGUAGGGCUAUUCAAGAAGUUGGUGAGGGAAAAUGUGUGCGAAGUUAAUCAAAUUACUUAUGCUACUCUUAUAAAUGGGCUUUGCAAGGCAGGUCAUACACAAAUUGCUCUUGACUUACUUGUAGUAAUGCAAAAGGAGGGACCUAUGCCUGAUACUAGAGCCUAUAACACUGUAAUUGAUUCUCUAUGCAAAGACAGAAUGGUUGAUCAGGCUCUUGGCCUUCUCUCUGAGAUGAUUGAAAGAGGAGUUCCCCCGGACAUCAUCACAUAUACUUCACUGAUUCAAGGCCUUUGCAAUUUUUGCCGAUGGAAAGAGGUUACCAAGUUAAUGAAUGAGAUGGUGCUACAUCAUGUAUAUCCAGAUGUCCAUAUUUUCAGUAUAUUAAUAGAUGCCCUCUGUAAGGAGGGGAUGUUGGAAAGUGCGGAAACUAUCAUUCAGAUCAUGAUUCAAAGGAACACUUAUCCUAAUGUCGUCACAUACAACCAUCUUAUUGAGGGGUACUGCUUGCAAGGACGGAUGGAUGAAGCGAGGAAAGCUUUUGGUCGGGUGGUAGAAAGUGGCCUUCAACAUAAUGUUUGGACCUAUACCACAUUAAUUAAUGGAUACUGUAAAAUAAAAGAAAUGGAUGAAGCGAGGAAUGCUUUUGGUCAGAUGGUAGAAAGUGGCCUUCAACCUGAUGUUUGGACCUAUAACACAUUAAUUAAUGGAUACUGUAAAAUAAAAGAAGUGGAUGAGGCCAUGCAUCUAUUUUGUGAAAUUCCUAAAAAAGGGCUUCAUCUUGAUGUUGUUACGUAUACCAUAAUGUUGCAGGGGUUAUUUCUGGUGGGUAGAUGUUCUGCUGCACUGGAACUUUUUCAGGAGAUGCUGGUUGCUGGACAUAAACCAGAUUUUUACACUUCAUGUGUCUUACUUAGUGGUUUGUGUGAUAAUGGACAUGUUGAAGAGGCAAUGACAGUCUAUCAUCAGUUAGAUGAUAGAAGCGGAAAUUAUUCUCAUGUUUAUGGUGCCAUCAUAAUUGAUAGGGUCUGCAAGAUAGGACAGCUUAAUAUUGCGUGCGAUGUAUUCAAUGACCUCAUCUCUAAAGGGCGACACCCAAAUGUAUAUACAUACACUGCAAUGAUAAGUGGGCUUUGUCGAGAAGGAUUAAUAGAUGAAGCCUUAGAGUUGUUAAGGAAAAUGGAGAAGAAUGAUUGCUUACAAAAUACUGAGACUUAUAAUGUUAUUUUGCAAGAAUUUGUUAGAGAAAAAAAAUGGCAUGAGGCAAAUCUACUUUUGGAGGAAAUGGUUGGUAAGGGUAUUUCUCCAAAUGAGCGCACAUUGUUCUUCAUAAACGACUUACUUGCACUUAAAACUGGAGAUGAGACAGUACUAAAGGUGGUACAGAAAUUUGCAGCGAAUCAUGUAAAGUAACUACAUAUUUGGAAUCUUUUAGCUUCUCUACUUGUUCAUGAUUUGAUACUUUUGGAGGAAUGUUUUCAGGGAUUUCACUCCCAUUUCAGGGCUUCCACAAGUUUGGGUCUCAGCAUCUAUCUUUUAACAACAUAAUAGUUCAUAAGCUGCUGCAUUUUUUUUUUCUUUUUCUUGAAGUUCAUUGCAAGUAUUAUUUGCUUAAGCACUCUUAAUCUACAGUUAAAGCACCAAGUAGGCAGUUAUGUUCAUCCACCGUCAUUUUCAAGCUUCAACUAAUUCAUCAUCAUUUUGAAAAUAAAUUGUUAGUAGAUGUACACUAAUGUUGAUUGGCUCUCAAUGUUCUAUAAAUAUAUACGGAGUAUUAUAUA